AUGGCGAUUGUGAUUUGCACGCCCUCCGAGGCCGAAGCCGUGGCCGUAUCAACAGUCCACUUGAGAGCCAUGGAUGAAAAUCUCCUUACGCAUGCACAGUUCCCCAGCCCGGAAGGAUUGGGGUUCUUCCAUGCGUGGUUGGAGAAUAAUACGCUGGAGCAUUUAAGGGAUGAUGAUAAGGGAGUUUUGGUUGCAAAGGACGAGGAGACAGGGGACGUGGUGAGCUUUGUGAAGUGGCUGGUCCAUAGACCUGGACACGACGAAGCCGUGGAGGAAGAAUGGCCAGAAGUCGCGAGGAAGGAAUAUUUGGACCCUUAUGCGGCGUUGACGGAGAGGGUUAGAGUCAAGGCUGUUGGAGUAGAGGCGGAGUAUUAUCACCCAACAUAUAUCUGCACGGAUCCUCGCUGGGCUGGGCGCGGAGCCGCAUCGUUGCUCUUGAGCAAAGUUCAGGAGCUCGCAGCCGCGGAAAAUCUACCCAUUGUGCUGGAGGCGACGAUGAAUGCAGUGACAUUUUAUCAAAAACUGGGUUUCGAGGUUAUUGAUGAGCUAUCGAUGAUGUUACCGCCGCGUGGAUCGACUGAACCAACGGAGUUUUAUGAGGAGAGAUGUAUGAUUUGGGUGCCGCAGAAGGGAGCAGCGAUAUAAAGCAGCAUAAUCUAGGGUAGGCUGUGAGAUGAUCUUGAAUGGGUCAAUGUACUCCGUAUAUGGCACAUAGAAGGACACGUGUGCAUUCUCGUGAUUCUAUU